CACAAAAGUUAUUCUUUGUGUAUCCCGCCCUUUGAAAGACUACAAUUGAUUGGCGCCGGACUCCAACUCCGAUAACCGUCGGCGUUUCUAAGCCAUUGCCGGUCUAUGCCGGAGCAAGUAUAACAAAGUAUACUUCGUUGGGUUUCAAAAAUAUUAAGCUUAAGUCUCAGUAACUUUUUGUACUUCCACUUGGCUACUCUAUUUUGGCAUUUUCCACAUAAAACUAUUAUUCUUGGCUCUUGCUACUGUUGAUCUAUUUUCCAGAUCUCACUCAAUUGAGCUACGCCCUUGGUUUUUCAUCUUCUGGGUUUAAAUUUGCUGAAAAUCUUUGCUCAAUUAGAUUAGGGUAGAUAUGGAGCCUAUGACUUCAGAGAGGGAACCGGUUCAGAUUAACAAUGCACCGAGGAGACCUCGUAUUCUGCUUGCAGCAAGUGGAAGUGUGGCUGCUAUCAAGUUUGCCAGUCUAUGCCGUUCCUUUACUGAGUGGGCUGAAGUUAAAGCGGUUGCUACAAAAGCUUCUCUUCAUUUCAUAGACAAAGCUUCACUUCCAGAAGAUGUCAUUCUUUAUACUGAUGAGGAUGAAUGGUCAACUUGGACGAAGAUAGGUGACAGUGUGCUACACAUCGAGCUCCGGAGGUGGGCUGAUAUUAUGAUUAUUGCCCCUUUGUCAGCAAACACACUUGGGAAGAUUGCUGGUGGACUAUGUGAUAACUUGUUAACCUGCAUCGUACGAGCAUGGGACUACGAUAAACCCCUUUUCGUGGCACCAGCAAUGAAUACAUUGAUGUGGAAUAAUCCAUUCACAGAAAAGCACCUUAUGGUAAUUGAUGAGCUUGGGAUCUCUCUCAUACCACCAGUAUCAAAGAGACUAGCCUGUGGAGAUUACGGGAAUGGAGCAAUGGCUGAACCGUCUCUGAUCUACCAAGCUGUAAGAAUCUAUUAUGACGCACAAUUACGAUCAGGUGGCAGCAACGUGGCGAUCCACAGGUCAUGAAAUUUCAUUCAUUGGUUUGUACAAGUGAUAGAAGUUGAAAUUCAGGACCAGGAGCCCAGCUGUGUUAUUUUUCUCCUAAAUUCUUCACCUCCCUAGCUACUUUCAAUCAAGGUUCAUGUUCAUUUUAGUCGAUAAAAUGAGAUAUCACGUAACUGCUGUUACUAAUGGAUGUGAUCAUGAUCAUGAAAAAACAAAUGUGUGUAAUGGGGAAAAUUGAUGCAGCUGUUAUUUGGGUAAAAAUUGUGUGGGGUAGCCA